AUAAAAGACUGAACCCACCCGGUCGUCGCCCUCAGCCCGUCGGUUCCGGAGUAAGUUCCAGGUGGCCCAGCAGUGGGUGUGGAAGGGGAGGAUCAUCAGACCCACUGACACAAACCCAAGGCUGCAAGAAGCUAACGAGGCACCAUGAGAGAGAUCGUGCACAUUCAGGCGGGCCAGUGCGGCAACCAGAUCGGUGCCAAGUUUUGGGAGGUCAUCAGUGAUGAGCACGGUAUAGACCCCACUGGAAGUUACCAUGGAGACAGUGAUUUGCAACUGGAAAGAAUCAAUGUGUACUACAAUGAAGCUACUGGUAAUAAAUAUGUACCUAGGGCCAUCCUGGUGGACCUGGAGCCAGGCACUAUGGACUCAGUCAGGUCUGGACCAUUUGGGCAGAUCUUCAGGCCGGACAACUUCGUGUUCGGCCAGAGUGGUGCAGGAAAUAACUGGGCAAAGGGCCACUACACAGAGGGUGCCGAGCUGGGCGAGUUUGAGGAGGAGGAGGGCGAGGAUGAGGCUUGA